AUGCUGCCAGUAGCAUUAGUUCUGCUGCUUUCAGCGUCCUUAACGACUGCGAACAAGACGACAUGGAACCCGGACGCCGGUUAUGGGCUUUCGGGCUCUGAUUUACUCGCUCCAACGUUUACCUGCGGUCAAUACGGUCAUUGUAACGAAUACAAUGGUCAAUGCGACUGCCCUGCCGGAUGGGGUGGAAUAGAUUGUUUGAUACCCCAAUGCGACUCUUUAGCUGAUGGAAGUCAACGUCGACUACGCGAGGACGGCAAAUCCUGCGAGUGUAAAGAAGGAUGGGGAGGUAUCAACUGCAAUGUCUGUUUGAACGAUGACGCGUGCAGGAACUUCCCUCUUUCGCUAGAGAUCAAGCAACUGUUGAAAGAGAUGAAGGGAGAGAGCGACGACGAUGACCAAGACGACGGGCCUAUUGCGGACAUGACUUGCUACAAGGGUGGCCAGACUGUGUUCAACAACCACCAAAUGUGCAAUGUUACCAACAGGAAGAUCAUCGACAUGCUUCCAGACCGACCUCCUCAAGUGACAUUCAGCUGCGACAAAUCUGACAAAACCUGUGCCUUCCAGUUCUGGACAGCAGAAGUAGAAUCAUUCUACUGCGCAUUGGACCAGUGUGAAUCGAAAUUGGAAGUUGGCUACGAUUUCAACGUCACUCGAUACGAUUGCGAGAAGGUCAAAUGUUCCUGCGUCCCCGGUCGCUUCAUUUGCGGUGAAGCUGGAAGUGUCGAUAUCGGCGAAUUCUUGACCCAGUCUAUUCGUGGUCCCGCCACCUUUAGUUGCAAGAGCGGUGCAGGAUGUCGAUUCGAGGAGCCCGCCAUGAAUGAACUGAUCGAAAGCAUCUUCGGAGACGGUUAUAUCACUCUUACUUGUGAAGGCGGCGAAUGUCUGCACUACACACAGGUGCCAGGUUAUGUGCGGCCGCCCAAGCCUGACAAUACUUUGUGGGUUGCUCUCAGUUCCGCCGGCGCCGUAACCUUCGUGCUGCUGAGUUCAGCGGUGAUUUGGUUUGCGGGUCGAAGCAGGCCUGACGAAGGUCCAAUCAAGCUCCCAGAGGAAGAAGCUGCAAGAUUGAUGACAGACCACGUUCCCGCUUCACUAUACUUCCGCGACAUCACGUAUUCUCUCAACGACGACCGCAUCUUAUUGUCUAAUAUCUCUGGUUGCGUCAAGCCUGGACAGGUCAUGGCGAUUAUGGGUGCUUCGGGAGCGGGCAAAUCCACCCUACUCGAUAUCCUCGCUCGUAAACGCAAGAAGGGCAACCUCAUCAGCGGGACGGUGUUGGUCAAUGGCCGAGAGGUAGCAAACACCGAGUUCAAGAACGUGAUGGGCUUUGUGGAUCAGGAGGAUACUCUCAUGGGUACUCUGACUGUCUACGAGACCGUUUUGUACAGCGCGCUCCUUCGACUGCCCAGGGAGAUGAGCUACGAGGCCAAGAAGUUCCGAACGCUGGAGACUUUGAACGAGCUAGGCAUUUUGCAUAUCAAGGACAUGCCUAUAGGCGUAUCUGGCCAUAGAAGUAUCUCUGGAGGAGAGAAGCGCCGUGUUUCGAUCGCUUGCGAAUUGGUCACCAGUCCUUCCAUCCUUUUCCUCGACGAGCCUACCAGCGGUCUUGACGCGUUCAACGCUUACAACGUCGUUGAAUCCCUCGUGUCUCUCUCCAGGAACUACAACCGAACGGUCAUCUUCACCAUCCAUCAACCUCGAAGCAACAUCGUGGCCCUCUUCGAUCAGCUUCUCGUACUCGCAGCCGGCAAGGUCGUCUAUUCUGGCGAAUUCCAGAAAUGCCAGGAAUACUUUGAUGAAAUUGGUCAGCCCUGCCCACCUGGGUUCAACAUCGCCGACUACUUGAUCGACCUCACCGUCAAGGCGACCAUUGCUAGCAAGGGUACUUCCAGUCCGGCUACCAAUGCUUCCGCAUCUGCUAGCUCGAGCACUAACGCGAGCGCGACGAACCUCCUUCCUGACGAAGAGCGCGGAUUGCCCCUUGCACCCAGAUCUGUUCCUAUUUCGGUCCGCUCGGUCCUAUCCGCGCCCCUCGACAGUGAUUCGAAUACGGCAACGACUGAUGGACGUCCCGCAGCUACCUCCAUCAACUCCGGUUCGAGUCGCUUCACUUACUUCAAGCAGAAGACGUCCAACUUGCUUGGCUCCAUCACCAAUGCUCUUAAUGAUCGGCAAGCGGCUCCAACCCUCGAUACCCUUGUGGAGGCUUAUGAGAAGAGUGAUAUUGCCAAGGAUAUUUCGAAGGAGAUGAAGGCUUUACAGCGGGAGGUUGAGCGAGGGGCGAAUGGAAAUGGAGGACAGGGUGGUGCGCCGUUGGUUAGCAACGAGCCUCCUGAUGCGGUUUUGGAGACUUCGUUGUUGAGAGGCAGGAAUCGCGCGACCUGGGCUACCCAGUUUAGGAUUUUGAGUGGACGUGCGUUUAAGAAUUUGUAUCGGGAUCCUGCUCUUCUGGCUGCCCAUUAUUUGUCGGCUAUUGGUCUUGCGGUCAUUUGCGGUUUGUUCUUCCACAAUGUGACCAACGAUAUCGCUGGAUUCCAGAACCGAUUGGGCAUCUUCUUCUUCACCCUUGCUCUAUUCGGUUUCUCUUGUCUUUCGAGCUUGGGUCUGUUUGCCAACGAACGUAUCCUCUUCAUGAGGGAAAGGGCCAACGGCUAUUACUCGACCUUCACCUACUUCUCCUCCAAGGUCCUCUUUGACAUCCUCCCUCUCCGCUUGGUCCCUCCCCUCAUGUUCGGCGGCAUCGUCUACGGGCUCGUCGGUCUCGUUCCCACCGUCCAAGGCUUCUGGAAGUUCAUGCUCACCCUCGUCCUGUUCAACUUGACCACCGCCAGCGUCGUCCUCCUGCUCUCUAUCGCCUUUGAAUCCGUCAGCGUCGCGAGCUUGGUUGGCACGCUCGUUAUGUUGUUCAACUUGCUGUUCACGGGCUUGUUGAUCAAUCGGGAGACGGUGGCGCCGAUGCUGCAGUGGUUACAUACGAUUUCGUUCUUCCAUGCUGCGUUUGAGGCGUUGGCUGUUAAUGAGUUGAGGUAUCUCCAGUUGAAGGAGAUCAAGUAUGGUGUUGAACUUGACGUCCCCGCUGCUACCAUUCUCUCCGUGUUCGGUCUCCGUGCACAGAGUUUCUGGUGGCCUAACAUCUCCCUCCUCGCCAUCUUCUUCGUCACCUUCACCACCGCGAGUUUCCUCGUCCUCCACUUCUACGUCAAGGAGAAGCGUUGA